AUGAUGGUAUCAAUUAUUGUACCAUCAUUAGUUAAAGAAUCAUCAAGAGAAUCAUUAUUGGCCACAACUAUUGAUAAUUCAACAUUAUCAACUACACCAUCUCCAAAAUUACCAACUCUUGAAAUUUCUGGUGGUUCUGCUAAAGAAAUUUGGACUAAAAUUGAUCAAAAUACUGCACCAUCAACUCCAUCUAAAAUUUUACCAAAAAGAUUACCUUCUCAAUCAAAUCUUAAUAAUAAUAAUAACUAA